ACAGCUUGGAGAUUACAAAUAGUGGACCUGGUCUUAAGGGAUAAACUGAAGGGAUAAAGCUCUCCCUGAGACUUUCACAUUCAGAGCAAGGAGACUCGAGCCAUUACGACCCUGAGGACCCACAGCACUUCCACUAAGAAGGGAACAGCUAUCCAUUAAAACCUCCACUAGUCAGGACCAAACAUGGACAUGGAACAAAUAUACGAGUAUAUAGGUGAGGAGAAUGUGACGACAUAUGCCGUUGGUGCAUUCGUGCUGUUGUGGGCUUUGGUGUGGCUUUACCGGGACAGUCUGGAAAUCAACAAAAUCAAUGAGAAGUAUGUGUUUGUCACUGGCUGUGACUCUGGCUUUGGGAACCUGCUGUGUAGACGGCUGGACAAGCGUGGUUUCCGUGUGCUGGCCGGUUGUCUAACAGAAAAGGGUGCGGAUGACCUGAAGAGAGUGACGGGCCCCAAUCUGAAGACGUGUAUUCUGGAUGUGACCAGCACUUCCAGCAUUCAGAAAGCAUUUGAAUGGACACAGAAGGAAGUUGGGGAUAAAGGUUUGUGGGGGAUUGUGAACAAUGCUGGCCGGGCUCUACCCAUGGGUCCCUCUGAGUGGAUGCGGAUCGAGGACUUCCACAGCACUCUGAAGGUCAACAUGAACGGUGUGAUUGAGAUGACCAUGAAAUUCCUGCCACUGAUCAAAAAAUCCCGCGGCCGAAUCGUGAAUGUGGCUUCAGUGCUGGGCAGGGUGGCAGCGAACGGUGGUGGCUACUGCAUCUCCAAGUUUGCAGUGGAAUCCUUCUCCGAUUGCCUCAGGAGGGACAUUCAUUAUUUUGGGAUCAAAGUGUGCAUAAUUGAACCCGGAUUCUUCAAGACACAGGUGACCAGUUUGGAACCAAUCGAAAGGGAACUUUGUCGCCUGUGGAACCAGUUGACACCUGAGGUGAAAGAGAGUUAUGGAGACAAAUACCUGGAUAACUACAUUAAGAUCCAGAGGUUGAUUAUGAAUGCUAUUUGCGACUCAGAUUUGAGCAAAGUGACCAACUGCAUGGAGCACGCCCUGAUAGCUGCUCACCCACGGACUCGCUACAGUGCUGGCUGGGAUGCCAAACUGCUCUGGAUCCCCAUCUCUUAUUUGCCUGCUUGUGUUGUUGACAUUGCCUUAAAGCUAGUAUUGCCUCGGCCAGCUAAGAGUGUUUAAUGUUUAAGUUUGCCUUUAGAUUCACAAUAGCCUGUUCACCGUGUAGUUGAGGUCAGAUCGGCCCAACGCCAGAGCCACAUCACAAGUGCUACAAACCACAGGAGGGCAGCACUUCCAUGUGAAAAAAUACAGAAUAUACAGUAUUACUCUGUGCUGACAACACACAGCUGUGCACAGACACAAAAACAGAUAAUGUCAAGCAUCAAUAUGAACAGACAGUGAAUCGAGACUACUUAUGUAACUACUUAGCUAAUUGCUCAACUCACACAAUUAGUCAUGAUCUUUCCUACUAUAAAACAAGAACUUACCCCACAAGCUGAAUAAUCAGAUAUUUUAAAAUCAGAUGGCAAAUACCUCUGCCCACUGUAUAUUUUAUAUCAAACAUCUUAGCUAGUAUUAAGCUACUGUCUCCAUUAUCUCUGCACACUCAACAACAGAACUGUUCUUAUUUGUUUUAAUUACUUUUCUGCAAAGCUACGCUUUCAUAAAGUGAAGGGGACCAAACUGGACAUUUUAAAAAGUGGUUAGAAUGUAUCCUGAAAGUUGCCAGUGUAAAUGAUGUAUGUGGUGAGGGGUAGUGCCUUAAGGCCACCACACACUGGAUGUCCAAAAAUUCAAGUUAUUGUUUUUAAUAAAGGUAAACACACACAGUCACCAACAAUAGCAGCACUCAGUGACUCUGAGCACUGUUCACUUUCUCUUCCGCCAGUCCUAAUGGUCUGUUAGCUCAGCAAAAAUCUUUGUGGGAAAGUCUGUCCACUCGACAGCCAUCUUUAUGACGUCCCUUGGCAGUUAUUUCCACUUGCACAAGACUCAUAAAAGACAAGGCUUCCGUCUCUUUGAGUGGGGAGGAGACCUAUAAAACCAAAACUAUAAGACAAAUGAACGUUUCAAAAAUAUAAUUGAAAGCAGCAUAAACAGUUUGUCCUAUUUGGAUCAAAAAAUGCUAGUUUUAGCUUGCUCUGGUUACAGCGCAUGCGCAUACCUCUGCUAUGAAAUGGAGCCUUUCCUUCUAGCACAAGUAUGUAUUCUUGCAGGCCAGACCAUCUCCAGAUAGGAGGAGCAUAACUCUAAAUGGGUCAGUCUUAACUCCAGAUUGACUUAUAUUCUGUUAAAUGCUGUGUUAUUGGUCUAAAACAAAUAAAAGUGAUCAGUCUAAAUGUUAACUCUAGUGGAAUCUAUGCAAUUCAUGACAUUUCAUGUUCAACUUAUUAAAAUCAAGUUUGGAGGUUUUUUCCAUCAUGCAGUAAUACCCUCCUCUGCUUCCAGCAAGCUAAUUAGCUCUUUUUAUUGAAGGACAGGACUUUCCUCAUAAAUUGAUGCCACACUGAGCAUUAAAAGCUUCACUAUUUAUUUUCCAACAAGCACCUCCUUUAUAGCUUUGCCUCAACCAGUUAGCUUAGACUUUUUUCACCUUUUCAACUUGAAAACAGUGAGUUUGUAAAGAGGUAGUAAACUGAUGCCAAACAUGUUUAAUUAUGUUGAAAAGUUUAGUUCACUCAGUAUUUAGGAGGAGUAUUUUAGGAGUGCAUAAAUUAAUUUGAAUGUCGGCUCUCUUGAUGCUACGUGUCCGGUGUGCUGUGGCUACUCGCUUUAGUUUGCUAAUGGAAGUGAGACUACUGCCACCUACAGAACCUUAAUAAACCAGAGCAGGUGUCAUACGAACUACAAGUCCAAGAGAGCAAAAUUAGCCUUGUUAAAUCUCUCUGGGUAGGUAUGAUGGUCCUCCCUCUCCCCCAUAACUCAGCAUGAUGGUAGCCAGUGCAGGUGUCUGUUAGCUAAUGUAACAGAGUUUGCCAUUAGCGUUCUCCUCUGAGUGCGUUCGGCUGUCCGAUGACGUUGUAAUAGCGGAGGUUCAAAAAGAUGCGGUGGCGCUUCACAGGACUCGGAGGAAGCUUGUGUUAGCCUUCACCCUCCUAGUGCUGGUGGUGUCGUGUGAUUGAGGGAGUUCUAGUUAGUGGGUGGAAUUGGAUACGACUAAACUGGGGAGGAAAUUGGAAAAAAUAAUGCUAAAAAAUAAAUUGGUCAUAAAUACCUUUUCAGAGAUUUUAUUCCUAAAUUUUACAUAGCGUGUAUUUACUGAAUGCGCAUAAUUCCAUUGAAACAAUGUAGUAUUUUGCAAGAAUGAUAAUAAGAAGAUGAAUUAAGCUAAAAUGUAUUAAAUCAACAAACAUUUAGUGGCCAAAAUUUAGGCUACUAAAUGACCCCCUGGUGUUGGGCCUGCAUGUAGAAGUAGUAACAGGAGUUACUCCAAAGCACAGUGUGCCUGUAAAUUAUACAGUGCAUUUAAGCAAUGCAAAAUAAUUGUUUAUCUUGUUUGGUGCAGUUGAGAAGAUGUUCUUCAAACUGUGUUCUUUUAUGGUACAGAUGACCUCUCAAUCCCUUCACAAUCGCCUUUGUCAACAGUACACCAAAAUCGGUUAACCAAAUAGACUGUGUGCAACUACUAUGUGCCUUCUGGCCAUUGAUUUUAUUGCCUGAGCGAUGGUCUAUUCUAUUUAAUUAAAAAUCUGUUGUAUGUUUUUAAAAACACUAAUGAUAAUGAAUAGAAUAAUUGAAUAAAACAUUGUAAUGAAGAAAAAGAUAAUCUGCUGUUGGUUCUGUUGAAAAGUUGACUUCAUACUGAUGUAUAUUUCAAUAAAGCUGCAUGAAAUUGUCCCGUCA